UCUGCGCAACGACGGGCAGGGACCAGCUGCGCCAACUGCAAGACGACCACAACGACGCUCUGGCGACGGAACCAGAACGGAGAGCCAGUGUGCAACGCCUGCGGACUCUACUACAAACUACACAAUGUGCCUCGGCCGCUGUCCAUGAAGAAGGAGGGCAUCCAGACGCGGAACCGGAAGCUCAGCUCCAAGUCGAAGAAGAAGAAGGGCAUGCUGGGCUUCCCCGACAUGCUGAAGCCUCUGGACAAGGGCGGCUUCGGCGGCUUCGGCACGGGCGGCUCCGGCUUCGGCUCCAUGUCCCACUACAUGUACGGCGGCCAGAUGCACGGCUCGUCCAUGGCGGGCGGCUUCAUGUCGGCGCCGCCCAUGCACGGGAUGUCCGCCAUGUCGGGCGUGGGGCUCGGCCUUUCGUCCACCUCCCAGAUCCAGAUCCCUUCCGCGUCCAGCUUAGGUCUGUCGUCGUCUAACAGUAUAGUGGGCGCGAUGGCCUAGGGACACGCCUCCGCCGACGGCCGCAGCAGUUUGCUAGCCAGUCUCAGCCGCGAGGGCGCCGCAUCCUUCACCUCC